GCAAAAUAUAUUUUAAUAUGUUGGAAACAAGUUAGACUAAAAAGGUGAAAAAAGAAUGGCUUUCAUAGGCUUUCAUUUUCAAUAUCUUUCAUUUUUUAUAAGCAGUCAAAACAUACAAGGUCAAGUUGACUCGGUGCUCCUAAUUUGUAUAGGAAUUCAGACGAAGUCUGCAGGAGAGUUAAAGAAAACAAUAAGUAAUGCAUUAAACUGCUGUGGCCUGUAUGCACACUCACCACACAAGACCCCGUUGUGCCCUUUGGAUGCCAUAAUACACCCUGUUUUGAGCUCAAAUGGCACUUCAUAGAAUUGAAGGAAGAUUGAAUUGAAAAAUUCAGAAAUAAAAUUCUUAAUAAAGCCUGCUACCAUCUACCAGGAUUAUGAUGAUGAUACCCGUGUGUGGAGAUUUCAGCCAGACGUUGACCCCAAACACACAGACAAGGAAACUCACAUUUCUUUCAAUGAUAAUUGCACAUUUAAUAAAGAUGCUAGAACAGUCCAGCAUAUCAUUUACAUUUACAGUAUUUAGCAGAUGCCCUUAUAUCCAGCGCGACUUACAUGCUCUUUUUUUAUACAACAGAGCAAUUGAGGGUUAAGGGCCUUGCUCAGGGGCCCAGCAGUGGCAGCUUGUAGGAAUCGAACUCACAACCUUCCGAUUGGUAGUCCAACACCUUACCACUAGGCUACCACAUCCCACAUAUCACCUGAUCCAAUAGAAAAUCUAUGGAAAGGUCUAAAGAUCAGAGUUCACAGAAGAACCCUACAGAACCUUCAAGACGUAAAGACUAUUUAUGUGGAAGAAUUGGCCAAAAUCACACCUGAGCAACACAUGUGACUAGUUUCUCCAUACAGGAGGCGUCUUCAAGCUGUCAUCAGCAAAAAUGGCUUUUGUACCAAAUGUUAAAUAAAUUUCAGUGAGUGUGUUCAGGACUUUUCCCGUGUGUCAUUCCAUUUUAUUACAUAACUUUUAAUUUUUUAACUUUUGUUUUUUUUUUGUAUGGUUACUUGGCUUGUUACCGACAUCUGGUGAAAAUUUAAUGUCGCAGAAAAUAUAUUUACUGAGAAAAAUGGUGACCAAUGGUAUUCAAUACAAAUUUUCUGCUGUACAUAAGGACUUUUGUCCAAACCUUAUAUAUCAGUCUUAUCUUUAUUUAAAUAUAUAUUUAUUAUAUGUAAAUGCACCACUGGUUUAAAUUUGGACACAUGCAUUUAUAAAAGAUUUAAAAGUCUGUGGGGACAAAAUGCUGAGUGAGCUGCAGCACAUCUUCCUCUUAUAAACGGUUCUUGUGGUGUUCUAGAUAUAUUUUGGUCAAUUCUUCAUUUCAGAAACAGCUUUCAGUGCUCAGCAUCGAGUCAAUGAUCUCAGUGUGCAUAUUUAAAGCCAUUAGUGAGUGUGUGAAGUUGUUCCUGAAAACGAGAUGAAGACGCUGCACUUGGUUCUGAUUCUGCUCGUGUUGUCUGGUGUUUUCACUCAGGACAGUAAAUGGGUUGUGAAAUAUCCUGAUAAACUGAUCUGUGCUGUGAGAGGAUUCAGUGUCUCCAUUAAAUGUAGUUAUUAUUAUCCACAAGGUCAUCAGGUGAUACAAAAGCUUUGGUGCUCGAUGAACUCAAACACAUAUAAGUGUGAAGCCCCACCACAUGUUUACGACAGUUCAUCAAACACCAAGUCAGACUUUAAGUUCACUGGAGACGACAAAUCAGACUAUACUUUAUUAAUCCACAAUGUACAGUUAAGUUAUUCUGGAGAGUACAGAUUCAGAUUUAUUACUAAUGUGUCCUAUGGUAAAUGGACAGGUGAUCCUGGGGCGAGUAUACAAGUUACAGAUUUAAAGGUGUCACUAAUCAGACUCAGUGGAAACGGAACCCUUAAACAAGGAGACUCCUUAAAUCUGACGUGUGAUGUGAGCUGCACAAACACUUCCUCACAGUUUGUGUGGUCUAAGAACAUCCAGAGUUUAUAUACAUCAGGACCCAUUCUUCACUUUCCUGCUCUAACCCUGAGGGAUUCUGGGAAUUACACCUGCACUUGGGGAACCGGUGAGACGUCAGGAUCUGAAACCAUCAGCCUUCACGUGGAGGGUUCAGAAAGUUCUAAUUCAUGGAUCUUCUGGAUGGUUGUUGUGGUGACAGCUGGACUGAUUUUGUUUGUUGUGAUUUUCAGCAGGAGUGUGAGUUUUGUGUCUGUUUGUGUGUGAUUACAGACACGUCCACACUGAGCCGCUGAUGGAGGACGAUUCAGACAUCUACACCACAGUACAGUACGAAACAUUCACCAUGAACUGAUCACACCUUCACACCUCACCUACUUCAGUACACACUUCAUAAUAUUCCUAUAACAGCACAUCCACAAGUCUUUUAUUCCUCUUACACCACAGUGAUGUCUUCAUUAUUCUGUAUUAAAGAUCGACUCCAUAAUGAAGGUGGUGGAAAACGUAAAAAAUUUACUAUUUCUUUUUAUACAGGUUUAAAGCUCUGCUCCUGGAGACUCUUUAGAUAAAGGUUACUAAACAUUUCCUUACAAAAACCUCCACAAUAUCAUCAGUUAUUUAUGUAGAGCUUCCAGUUCCUGUUCAUUUCUAUUCAUUUCAAUUCAAUUUAAUUUAUUUGUAUAGCGCUUUUAACAAUUCACACUGUCUGAAAGUAUGUAAAUGAGCUGUUACUAUAGAAAUGAUACGGUAUCAGAAACAGUGCAUUAAUCUGAUGUGCAGCUGUUAGUGAUGCUGGUGUAGAAAGUUAAUGUGGUGGACGUUGGUUCAGAAACCAGUGCUGCUGAUGCUGAGCAUUUAUCACUUAUCACUUACUGCUUUAAAGAGUUUUUCUGGUUUUUUUUUGCUUCUUUUUCUUUAAACUAUAGAUGAGUUAUUAAAUGAAUUUGCAAUGAUACAUAAAUCAUGUAAGCUACAUUUUUUAAAUAUAUCUUCAUCGUGUAACUUUUCAAGUUACUGAUUAUAACAGAUUCAUUAUCAAAAGUGUUUAUUCUACGAUGAAAUUAUUUAGUAUAAAAAAAAAUCAAAAUAUGGCACAAAAUUUGGAAUUAUAAGAACUAUUCAACAUACAUAACAGUGAUAAAACAUAAACUUAUAUAAAAGUUCACUAUAUCAUUAUGAACCGUGUUUAAUGUUCUUGAUGUUUAACAGUGUUUAAAAUUAAUGUUUUAUUGUUGUUAAAUUAAUGUUUCUCUGUUAUGGCCUGACUUUCAUGCAAAUAAAGGUUCUGUCACUUAUUAUACUGACUCAUCUAUAGUCUGAUCGUUUAGGAAAUAAAUGUAUAAAUGUUUGUGAUUUCUGAAUAUUAUAGCUGAAUUAAAUUUCAAUCAAUCAUUUUAUAUUGAUUAAUUUAUGCAGUUAUUUAUAUUUUAUGACUCGCAAAAAUAAUAAACA